AUGUAUCAUCAACAAACCAGACACGGAGAUAAUUCGUGGACAGAAGUCAAGCGGAGGAAGCGACAGUCAGGCGGUGGGAGGCAUCAAUGGGACACUAGCAAUGGGGGGAGGAAGUUAGAGAAGAACAGAAAGCAGUUAACAACGUUUUUCUUCACGGAAUUCCCAGAUGGGUGUGAUGCUAGAGAGAUGUAUACCAUCUUCAAGGACUUUGGCGACAUUGAUGAAGUUUUUAUUCCGAUGAGAAAGGAUAAACGCGGUAAAUGGUACGGUUUCGUGAGAUUCUUUAAUAUGGAGGAAGCGAGAUUGAUGGCAAUAAAGUUAGAUAACAUCUUCAUCGGAUCAAGGAAAAUUCAUGCAAAUCUUCCGAGAUUCGAUAGAGAGAUAAGAGGGUCAAGGGAGCAUGAUGUGAUGCAUCAUCGGAAUAAUCAGGGGCGGAGUGAUGAAGAUGUUAGACACAAUACAAACACCAGGGGAGGAAAACUUGAGCAUAAGGCGCGAUGGAGUAUUAGGGAUACCAACAGGAAAUCUUACGCUCAAAUGGUGGAGGGGAAAUAUGUGGAUGGGCAGCUGCAAGCUAGGAAAAUCCCUUUUGUUCAUAUGGAGUAUAAUAUGGAGGAAGCUGACAUGAACCAGUUUCAAAAAGCUUUUGUUGGGGUGGUGGAGAAUCCAGGUGCAACAUACAACAUACAAGAGUAUUUCAAUAUGGAAGGUUAUUUUGGAGUGAAGGUAACACCAAUGGGGGCAAACUUGUGCUUACUUGAAGAAAGCGAGGAAGGUGAACUGAGUGCUUUGAUAGAAGAGGCUUCAGACUGGAUUAAGCAAUGGUUUUUGGAAAUCAGACCUUGGCGCCCUGAGGAUGUCGACAAUGAAAGGCUCACCUGGCUUAGAGUGUUUGGUCUCCCUUGUCAUGCCUGA